AUGGAACUGUUUCUUCAAUGGGAUCCAGCCCAGGUGCUGUCAUAUCUCAAGGGGCACAUUGGCCACGACUUCAGCGCUGCCUUUAUAGAAAACAACAUCGACGGUCUGCUUCUUCCCUACAUCACAAGCGAUCAUUUACGUGAAUUGGGUAUAGAACCUUUGGCUACCAGACUCCGUGUCAAAAGGGCCAUUUUCUCCUUGAUCUCGGGCGACAAUGGCUUGUCUACGGGUCUUCCCUCGGGCUCGAAGCCAGGAACUCCUGGAAUUUCAAACGCAAACACUCCGGGCUCCAUGAGCUACGCUAAUACGCCCACCACGGCCAGUUUUGCCCAGGGAUUGCUUGUAAAUAACCAGUUUUCUGUGGAGGCGCUAACGCUCUGCCAGAUACUCGUUCAGGACAUCUUCAAGCGUGCCUCACAGACCUUAUCCACUGCCCCUCCCGCCCUGACUACUCCGGGAUCGGCCAUUCUGAAUUCGUCCAUGCUAGGGCUGUCGUCUCUGGCAUCCUCAGACGACAUUCGCAAACUCAACGAGAACUUUAUAAAACUCAAGGCGGACUUGAACCCGGUGAUCCGGUUGAUCAAGGACUCUAAGCCGCUCCCCACACCUACUCUAGACCCUGGUGUGCCUGCUCAACUGCCAACUCUGCUGGUGAACUCGAAGAAUGAGCAGGAAAGCGGCUCAAACCCCGGUACCGUGACCCAUGCCGAUUCGCUUACUCCAGACGCUCCUCCUAGUGCUCCAGAUGGAAUGACCCACUCGACUUCAACCAACUCAGUAAGCUCAAACCUCCAUGACUCGGUUUAUUCACAGCACCCUUCGAGCCCCACGCAGUCCCGUCGUCUUUCCUCGGGCUCUGUGCUCUCAAUGGGUGUCGGCAAAAUCACAGAUAUGGGCAAACUGAGCCUGUCACAUCGUCUUUUUAGUAAACCACGUUUGGUGGAGUCUCGUCUGGCGGUUGCAAGUCCUGGUGAUGACAGAGCGCUGCCACGAGAGAUUGACGAGCUCAAGAGAAGUGAAUCCUUGCUCAAAUCGAGGAGGAGCUCCUCUUCGGUACUCAGCCCCACGUCGCAUUACUUCCACGGUCAUGGAAACCAAUCCAAAGUCUCGCACGGAAGUCUGCUGAACUUGCUGACGCCAAAUCAGGGAACACAACCGCUUAAGCAGCUCAAGGCAUCCUCGGACGACACAUGUCUCAAGGUACUUCAGCAAGCGAUGAAAAGACACCAUAUACCGAGAAAUCACUGGAGCAAGUACGUCUUGGUGAUUUGCUACGGUGACAAGGAACGUAUCUUGAAGCUCACCGAAAAACCCGUUAUUGUUUUCAAGGAGCUUCAGGAGCACGGAAAGAACCCGGCAAUUAUGUUGAGGGAACUAGCGUCCGCUGCGCCGGACGAAAACGACAAAUAUGAGGACUCUCGUAUCGGCGAUGACAUCCCCGGAGGAACGCUCUAG